AUGCUGAUAGCUGUCAUUGGAGGGCUUGUCUCUGAGGUCUCAGACAAUAUCGCUACCAUUUUAUCCAUCUACAAGGUUCCACAGCUCACUUACGGAUCAUUUUCAGCAGCACAGUACAGUGAAAAUGUAUUCCCGCCUUUGUACCAAAUGGUCCCAAAUGAAGUCUAUCAGUACAAGGGGAUUGUCCAGUUACUUCACCAUUUCAGAUGGACAUGGGUUGGGCUCUUGGCAACAGAUGAUGACAGUGGGGACCUUUUCCUGCAGACAAUAAUACCAAUGCUUUCUCAAAAUGGCAUCUGCUUUGCUUUCAUACAAAAAUUGCCAAAACAGACUUAUAUGAACAAGUUGAUAGGCUUGUUCAUAGAGCAGCUGGAAACAUAUCCACUUCUCAAUGAAAAGAAAGCAAACGUGUAUUUUGUACUGGGAGAACGUUCGUCGCUUUCAGUUUUGAGAUGGGUGCUUUUUUUAGCACACCUCUCAUCAUUCCCCCCUCUUGGGAAAGUGUGGAUUGUUACAUCCCAGUGGGAAUUUGAAUCACUGAGCAUUCAAAGAAGUUGGGAUAUACAGGACUUCCAUGGUGCCAUAUCCUUCACAGUUCACUCCAGUCACCUACCAGGUUUCCAAAACUUCCUUCAGAUCGUAAAUCCUUCCUGGGCCAAAGGUGAUGGUUUUAUCCAGAACUUCUGGGAACAAGCAUUUGUUUGCUCAUUUAAUAUGUCUAGUGUGCUGGAAGAAGACAUCAAAGCCUGCACUGGGGAAGAGAAGCUGGAGAGCCUUCCCAGGACUUUGUUUGAAAUGAGCAUGACUGGUCACAGCUACAAUAUCUACAAUGCUGUCUAUGCUGUGGCACAUGCUUUGCAUGCCAUUUACUUAUCUGGACUGAAACACAGAAGAUGGAAUGGAAGGAAUGUGGAGUUUCAGAAUGUUCAGCCCUGGCAACUCCAUCACUUUCUACAAAGGAUCGUCUUCAAUAACAGUGCAGGGGAUACUGUGCAUUUUGAUGAAAAGGGGGAAUUGAUUGCAGGUUUUGAUGUCACAAACUGGAUAACCUUCCCAAAUAGCUCUUUUGUGAGAGUAAAAGUAGGAAACAUGGAAACUCAGGCUUCUUUGGGGGGAAAGUUAACCCUUAAUGAUGCCAAGAUAGUGUGGCAUAGAUACUUUCACCAGAUGUUGCCUAUUUCUGUGUGCAAUGACCACUGCCAUCCUGGCUACAGCAGGAAAAAGAAGGAGGGAGAGAAAUUCUGCUGCUAUGAUUGUGCUCAGUGUCCAGAUAAGAUGAUCUCUGACCAGGAAGACAUGGAUGCCUGUGUCAAAUGUUCAGAAGAUCACCAUUCCAAUAUGGACAAAAAUCAAUGCAUUCCCAAGAUGAGUACCUACCUUUCCUACAAAGAACCCUUAGGGAUCAUCUUAGCAACAAUGGCUAUUUCUUGCUCUGUGCUGACAGCUUUGGAGCUUGUCAUCUUUAUGCAACAUCACAGCACUCCCAUCGUCAAAGCCAACAACCGGAAUCUCUCCUACGUUCUCCUGGCCUCUCUCUUUCUUUGCUUCCUUUGCUCCUUGCUCUUCAUUGGACAGCCUGUAAAAGUGACCUGCCUCCUUCGGCAAACUGCUUUUGGCAUCGUCUUCUCCGUGGCCCUCUCCAGUGUGUUGGCCAAAACCAUCAACGUGGUUCUGGCAUUCAUAGCUAAUAAGCCAGGAUCUGCAAUGAGGAAAUGGGUGGGGAAGAGACUGGCAAAUUCUAUUCUUUUUUCCAGCUCUGUGAUUCAAGCAGGACUUUGUACUCUUUGGCUAAGUACCCACCCUCCAUUCCCAGAUUCAGACAUGCAUUCAGUGGAUGGGGAAAUUGUACUGGAAUGCAAUGAGGGCUCAAAUGCCAUGUUUUAUUGUGUCCUGGGCUAUCUGGGCUGUUUAGCAAUUGCCAGCUUCAUUGUGGCUUUCUUCGCUAGGAAGUUACCUGACAGUUUUAAUGAAGCCAAAUUUAUCACUUUUAGUAUGUUAGUCUUCUGCAGUGUUUGGCUGUCCUUUGUUCCAACCUAUUUGAGCACUAAAGGGAAAUACAUGGUUGCCGUAGAGGUCUUCUCCAUCUUGUCUUCCAGUGCCGGAUUGCUGGGCUGCAUAUUUUCCCCCAAAUGUUAUAUCAUUCUUUUGAGGCCUGACCUGAAUAAUAAGAAGCAAUUCUUAAGGAGAAAAACAUAA